AUGGCUUCAGUUCAGGCUCUCCAGGUCUUCCCUAGACGGCAUUACUCAGCCGAAGCCACGGAACCCUCUGCAGAAACCAAGCAGAGUGAGACGAAGGGCGAAAAGUCCGCUGAGACUCCUCCAAAUCCCCUGGAGGAAAAGCUCAAGGCAAAAGAAAAUGAAGUCGCUGAUUUGACCAGUCGACUACGCUAUCUCCAAGCCGAUUUCUUGAACCUGCAGCGGAAUGCAGCGCGAGAGAAGGAGCAGACGCGUGACUUUGCCAUCACUCGCUUCGCUUCAGACCUUCUUGAGACCGUAGACGUGCUCUCAAUGGCUCUGAAGUCGAUUCCUCCAUCCGCCUUAUCACCCCCAGAAGCCUCCUCCGAGUCACCCGCUUCCGAAUCGACUUCUUCCUCGACGUCGAAUUCAAAAUCGGCCCUGGAGUAUCUUCGCGAGCUACACCAGGGAGUCGAGAUAACCCAGCGGCAGCUACUGCAAACGCUUUUCAAAUACCACGUCAAGCCGUUUGACCCCACUGGCGACCAAUUCGACCCGAACCUGCAUGAAGCACUGUAUCAGGCUCCGAUACCCGGGAAAGAGCCUGGCAGUGUGAUUGACUGUCAAAAGAUGGGAUACAUGAUUAAGGACCGUGUGCUCCGUGCGGCGCAAGUGGGUGUCGCUCAGGAUACGCAGUCAUAG